UCCGGCGAUGGGCGGCGGGUCGGUCCGCAGAGAAACACCCUGACGUCGGCUGCGAUGGGACCACAGUGGACCUGGUUUUCCCGGGCCCAGUGUCAGAGCGGCGAGCCUCCGGGUCCGGACAGAGAGAGGGAGAAGCGCUGGGCCGAGCUGUUCGACCAGCUCGACCUCAACAAGGAUGGACACAUCGACAUCGUGGAGCUGCGGGCGGGCCUGGCGAGCCGCGGCUUCUCCAGGAAGUCUCUGGAGAAGAUGGUGGAGGCCGGGGACACCAACCAGGACGGAGUGCUGGACUUUGAGGAGUUCACCCAGUACCUCAGAGCACACGAGAAGCAGCUGAAACUCAUGUUUCACAAGCUGGACAAGAACAAUGAUGGUGAGAUCGAUGUGGCAGAGAUCCGAGACUGCCUGCGCUCCAUGGGCGUGAACAUUAGCAUGAAUGAUGCAACCAGGAUUUUGUUGAGCAUGGAUAAGGACGGCACCAUGACCAUCGACUGGAAUGAGUGGCGGGAUUAUUUCCUUUUUAACCCUCUGACCAACAUGGAGGAGGUUGCGCGCUACUGGAAACGCUCAAUGAUGUUAGACAUCGGAGAGCAGCUGACCGUUCCAGAUGACUUUUCAGAGGAGGAGAAGAAGUCGGGCUAUGUGUGGCGGCAGCUGAUGGCCGGAGCCAUGGCUGGGUCCGUGUCCCGGACUGGAACCGCCCCGUUAGACCGCAUCAAAGUCUUCCGUCAGGUGCACGGCUCCUCUGAUUUCACCGGGAGCGUUUUGACGAGUUUUCAGGUCAUGUGGAAGGAAGGAGGGCCGUGGUCGUUGUGGAGGGGAAAUGGGAUUAAUGUUCUAAAAAUCGCUCCAGAGACUGCGAUCAAAUUCACAGCUUAUGAGCAGAUCAAGAAUGUGAUCCGUGGAGGCAAUGAGACGAGAACACUGAGGGUUCAUGAGAGGUUUGUUGCCGGCUCUUUAGCUGGAGCAACAGCUCAGACGGCCAUCUAUCCCAUGGAGGUGCUAAAAACCCGUCUCACUCUGAGAAAAACAGGUCAGUACACAGGGAUCGCAGACUGUGCCAAACAGAUGCUGCAGAAAGAAGGCGUCCGAGCCUUCUAUAAGGGCUAUUUACCCAACCUGCUCAGCAUCGUGCCUUACGCCGGCAUUGACCUGGCCGUCUACGAGACUCUGAAGUUCGCCUGGCUGAACAGGAACAUCGGCCUGGCGGACCCGGGGGUGAUGGUGCUGGUUGGGUGUGGUGCCGUGUCCAGCACCUGCGGCCAGCUGGCAAGUUACCCACUGGCACUAAUCCGCACCCGGAUGCAGGCCCAAGCCUCACUGAAAGGAGCCCCGAAACUCUCCAUGUUGGCUCUGAUUCGCAACAUCGUGUCCCAGGAGGGCGUCACCGGACUCUAUCGGGGAAUUUCCCCCAACCUCCUGAAAGUCAUUCCCGCCGUGAGCGUGUCCUACGUGGUCUACGAGUACACCCGGAUGAUGCUGGGGGUGGACAUUGAGGGUAGGAGAGGAGGGAAAGGAAAAAGCUAGCAGGAUGGACUGUUUGAGGUGGUUUUCGUCGACGUGCACGGAUCCGUCGGCGGCGCAUGAGGAAACGGGCCUUGACUGAGGAUUGUCCCGAAACCACGAAUCCCUUCAGG